ACAAGAUUGCAAUUAAAAUGUAAGGCAAGUAGUGAUUAAAGUUAGGAGAGUGCAAAACGCGUAGCUCCAAUUGGAGCUGAAUGAGCUAGGAGGAAGUUCCGGAAGUGGCAAACAAAGAGAGCCCAGGAGAAGCCCUGCACAACGAGUGGACAAUCCAGCAACUCCUACACACAGACGGAGAGAGAGAGAGAAAGGGAAAGAGAUAGAGGCAGACAACCCCCAUAUACUUCAGUCUAUAUGAUUAUCGUUUUGCUAUUGCUCUUCCAAUCGCUGUGCCUCUUUUGCCAACGUUUGGUGCUCCGCAUUCACGACCGAUGCUUUCCCCGGAACGUCCGUGUGAUCCAGGAGUUGGCCGAAACGGUGGGCGAUCGUAAGGCACUGCAGCAUCUUGAGAACCAGGAGCUGGAGCAAACGAAGCGCAAGCAAAAGCGUCGCCUCUUGGAGCCAAUUCUGCCACUCGGAGCGGGUCUCAAUCUGGAGGCUUGUCGCUUUUGUGCCCACAGUCCGCAAGGCUAUUGUCGGCACCAUUUCCACUUGCAGCUGCACACACAGAGGCGUGGCGACGAGCAGGACUACAAGCAGCAGCGCCGGAUACGUAGGGAGCUGAAACGCAGCCUGGAGCCCAGGAGCACUUAUCCCAUCAACUAUAGGCAAUAUAAUCGAGGUAGCAGCAGCUCCUUGAGCAGCGGCUACGGCUCAUUGGCAUCCAAUUUGCAAGAGGACACGUACAGCUAUCUGCAGGAGGAGGAGGAGGAGGAGGAGCGAGAGCAGGAGCAGGAGCCAGAGCAGGAAUCGAUUAAUCACUUGAUAACGAGUCAUCUCUAGAGCUGAUUCAGCUCGAUAAGAGCUCUUUAGACACAAACAGCAUUCACAUCACAAAGGACCGGAGGGCGUAGGAUACUUCUUGACCGCCUUAGAUAAGGGCUCUCCUCAAUGAGGGGAGGCAGCAUGAGCAUCGCAACAGACAAUCGGGCCUAGGCUACUUCACAUCAAAAG